AAUGGUGUGAGCAUUGACAGGAUCGACAGCUCCACGCUUGGUUUCAGCUUGGACCGAACCAGCAGCAAUGGCUUUUCAUCCUACCUGGUGAGUGCUGUUCUUCUCUCCCGGUCGUUUAUUAAUACACUUAACAAAAUGCGGGUCUCGACGCGUUUUACAUUUAAGAAGAGGGUUCAGAUUCUGUCGGUGAUCGUGGAUGAAAAUGUGCCUUUUCAGAUUCACUUUGCAGUCUUUGUGGUUAUAAACGGUUCUUUUUUUCUACAGGGGAAUAAAUCGGAUGUGUACCUCCCCCUUCUUUUCAAAGAUGGAGCCUAUUCCUUCCAGUUUUACUUCAACGUCAGCACAGACGGCCAGCAGGGGCUGUACAGCCUGUAUUUCCACAACUGCUACAGCAUCGAGACCAAGACCAGAGGUCAGCUGAAGUUCAGCAUCGAGAUCAACAUUGAAGAGAAGAACCCCAGCAGUUUCCUGUCGGCAGGAGAGAUCCCUCUGCCCAAGCUCUACAUCUUCAUGUCCCUCCUCUUCCUCCUGAUUGGCGCGCUGUGGGUGCACGUCCUGUGCAAGCACAGGAGUGACGUCUUUAAGAUCCACUGGCUGAUGGCCGCCCUGCCCUUCACCAAGUCCCUCUCCUUAGUGUUCCACGCUAUUGAUUACUACUAUAUUUCCAAUCAAGGAUUCCCCAUUGAAGGAUGGGCUGUGGUCUAUUACAUCACUCACCUGCUGAAGGGGGCACUCCUCUUCAUCACCAUAGCCCUGAUUGGGACGGGCUGGGCCUUCAUCAAGCACAUCCUUUCGGACAAGGACAAGAACAUCUUCAUGAUCGUCAUCCCGCUGCAGGUCCUGGCCAACGUCGCGUACAUCAUCAUCGAGUCCACGGAGGAGGGCACCACGGAGUACGGCCUGUGGAAGGAGAUCCUCUUCCUGGUGGACCUCCUGUGCUGCGGGGCCAUCCUCUUCCCUGUCGUCUGCCUGAACUCGGUGUCCAGCAUCACGCAGGUGCAUUCUCACGGCCAGUGUGUGUCAGAGGGUCCAGCAGCGAUAAACCUGGCCAAGCUGAAGCUCUUCAGACACUACUACGUGAUGAUUGUCUGCUACAUAUACUUCACCCGGAUCAUCGCCAUUCUCAUCAAGUUCAUAGUUCCCUUUCAGUGGAAGUGGCUCUAUCAGCUCCUCGACGAGCUGGCCACGCUGGUCUUCUUCCUCCUGACCGGCUACAAGUUCCGCCCGGCGUCCGACAACCCCUACCUGCUGCUUCCCCUGGAGGAGGAGGAGGAGGACCUGGAGAUGGAUGAUGUGUAAGAUGCCGGUGGGCCGCUGUCUGUCGGGGGGGGGGUCCGGGUUCAGUCCCUGGGUGUCCCAGUCGCGUGCCGCUUCCUUCCAGAUUUUUGAAAUGCGUGGUUCCAGGACCUAAGUCACACAGAGGAGUUGGGAGCCUGGGGCAGUUCUCAACAAAGGGGUUGCUUUAAAGCCUGCAGCCAUGACACUAUGGAGUCGCCUUUAAUGUUGGUUUUAAGCACAGAAAGCUCUUCACAAUGACAGGAAAAUAUCAAAAGAAGUUAGACAGAUGAUGGAAAAUAAAAGGAAAAGCCCUGAUUUGCAUAAGUAUUCAUCUCCUGUGUUGUGGAGACCCUCAAAUAAUGAAAGCGCACAAAAUCACCCCCAUGAGCCACAGGUGGGCCGAGUAGACGCAAAGACUCCACCGUGAUGACCAAGGAGCCUUCUGAACCGCUCAGGGAUGAAUCGGCAUGAAGGCACAGCUCAGGAGAGGGGUGUGAAAACAUCCGGAAAGUCAUUUCAAGAAACUCUGGGUGACUAAAAGUCCUUCUUCACGCCACCAGUGAGGGCACGAGUACUGCUCUCGUGUGCGAGCAGUCCGAAACCUUGCUGGAUGGUGCCUGGAAAGGAUGUGGACAUAUUUUCAGAGAGUGACGUUCGGUGUUCCAGGGGUACGGCAGUGGUGGGCUCGGUCUGUCCGUCCCGGAAGUCACGUGAUGCGCGUUUGACAUUCAGAUGCACGAACCUUGGUGCGAUCGCGUUCCAGAUUAGUCCACUGUAGCUGAUGCCUGCACACGUUCUUUAAAAGCAGCAGUUCAGUAUUGACCAGAUAAAACCUACUCGGGCGCUUUUUGGCGUGAUCAGUUUUAAAAAUGAACCCCAAGGUGGUAGACAUUUCUUUUAACCACCCUACUGAGCCCUUUCCAUUCUUUCAUUAACUUUUCUUUCCUGCUAGUCUUUUUCUGAAUUGUUUCCCUCUGAUCUUUUUUUUUUAUGGUCCUUUCUUUCUUCCAAAAAA